UUUAUUACAAAAAGAGGAAACUCACAAUUGUCUUCGCGGAAGAGAUAAAUAAAAAUGGGAUCUCAGAUCGUUCAUAACUCACAAAAACCACAUGUAGUUUGUGUUCCAUAUCCGGCUCAAGGCCACAUCAACCCUAUGAUGAAAGUGGCUAAACUCCUCCACGCCAGAGGCUUCCACGUCACCUUUGUCAACACUGUCUACAACCACAAUCGUUUCCUUCGUUCUCGUGGGUCUAACGCCCUCGAGGGGCUUCCUUCGUUCCGGUUUGAGUCCAUUCCUGACGGUCUACCGGAGACCGACAUGGAUGCCACGCAGGACAUCACAGCCCUUUGUGAGUCCACCAUGAAGAACUGUCUCGCUCCGUUCAGAGAGCUUCUCCAGCAGAUCAACGCCGGAGAUAAUGUUCCUCCGGUGAGCUGUAUUGUAUCCGACGGUUGUAUGAGUUUUACUCUUGACGUUGCGGAGGAGCUUGGGGUCCCGGAGGUUCUUUUUUGGACAACCAGUGGUUGUGCGUUCUUGGCUUAUCUACACUUUUAUCUCUUUAUCGAGAAGGGUUUAUCUCCGCUAAAAGAUGAGAGUUACUUGACGAAGGAGUACUUAGACGACACGGUUAUAGAUUUUAUACCAACCAUGAAGAAUCUCAAACUAAAAGAUAUUCCUAGCUUCAUACGUACCACUAAUCCUGAUGAUGUUAUGAUUAAUUUCGCCCUCCACGAGACCGAGCGAGCCAAACGUGCUUCUGCUAUCAUUCUAAACACAUUUGAUGACCUUGAGCAUGAUGUUGUUCAGACUAUGCAGUCCAUUUUACCUCCGGUUUAUUCAGUUGGACCGCUUCAUCUCUUAGCAAACCGGGAGAUUGAAGAAGGUAGUGAGAUUGGAAUGAUGAGUUCGAAUUUAUGGAAAGAGGAGAUGGAAUGUUUGGAUUGGCUUGAUACUAAGACUAAAAACAGUGUAAUUUACAUUAACUUUGGGAGCAUAACGGUUUUGAGUGUGAAGCAGCUUGUGGAGUUUGCUUGGGGUUUGGCGGGAAGUGGGAAAGAGUUUUUAUGGGUGAUUCGGCCGGAUUUAGUAGCUGGAGAGGAGGCAGUGGUUCCACCGGAGUUUUUAACGGAGACGAAAGACCGGAGUAUGCUAGCGAGUUGGUGUCCUCAGGAGAAAGUUCUUUCUCAUCCGGCGAUUGGAGGAUUCUUGACGCAUUGCGGGUGGAACUCCAUAUUGGAAAGUCUUUCAAGUGGAGUUCCAAUGGUGUGUUGGCCAUUUUUUGCUGACCAACAAAUGAAUUGUAAGUUUUGUUGUGAUGAGUGGGAUGUUGGGAUUGAGAUAGGUGGAGAUGUGAAGAGAGAAGAAGUUGAGACGGUGGUUAGAGAGCUCAUGGAUGGAGAGAAAGGAAAAAAAAUGAGACAGAAGGCGGUAGAGUGGCGGCGCUUGGCUAGGGGAGCGACAGAGCAUAAACUUGGUUCCUCCGUGGUGAAUUUUGAGACGGUUAUUAGCAAAUAUCUUGUGGGACAAAAAUAACAAGAUUAACUAAAAGAUAAGAUGAUCACCGAAAUAUAUUAUUUCUAUAAUGAUUACUAAGUAAGUGUUUAUUUUUUUUCUAUUAUGUGGUCCAUUUUAUAAGAUGUUUUAGAAUUUCUUUUAUGUUUCAUUUUUUUCUUUUCAAAUUUCAACCAUGGUUUUCUUUCCUUGUUAAUUUGAAUUGAGAAUAUUCUAGCAAGUUGAUCUGAGA